ACAUCUCCUUAAUUCAGAUGCUGAACAGACACAGACGAGACUUAGGUUUUAUUUAGAUGCAGAGGAAGUUUGUGUUCACUUGUAUCUUCACACGUACAUAUAACCAGUCUGCUGCUCUGCUGUACACAGUGUCGUUCAGGAUGUCGGUCCUAUUCUCUGGCAUUUUGAUUGUUUUUUUACACCGGUUUGGUGGCUUGGUCCGUGGAGAGGUUGGCCAGGACUUCUCCAAAUGCCUCGAUUUCUUUUUUGAGAGAACUCCACCAAAGGGUUUUGAUGCAGCAGGAUAUCAGCCAAUAUGUCAGCGCUACAAAAACCAGUACCACUUUGCCAGUCUGUAUCAUCGCCAGCAUCGUGUACCAGUGUAUUCUGCGUACAUACUCAGACCUGCAGAUGGCAAGCGGCCCAGUUCCACUUGGAUGUAUGAACCACAGUUGGCAUUUUCUCGUGCUGAUCCAGAGAUGAAACCAUUCAGAAGUACUGUUGACCAGAAUGUGAUUGAGAGUCAGGCUGUGCUAGAGGACUACAAGAAGUCCAACUACACUAGAGGCCAUCUCAAUCCCAGCAUGCAUCAGGGGACAAAAGAAAACCGUGAGGCCACCUUCACCCUGACAAAUAUUGUCCCUCAGCGAGCAGGUUCCAACUCAGGUCCAUGGAAUAAAUUUGAGAAUGAGGUUUUAAAAAGAUUCAAGAACGUCUGCAGAGGACAGAUGUUUGUGGUCACCGGGGCCCUGCCUUAUGUAUCUGGAACACACUGGAUCAAUAACAGGGUGGUAAUCCCUGAGUACAUGUGGUCUGCCUACUGCUGUCCAUCAUACAACGCCAGCCUGUCUGCGUCUGUAUUUUUCCCCACAUACGCUGCAAUGGGAAGAAACGACCCUAACAGCGAGGAAGACAUUGUACCUAUUAAUGUCAAGGCAAAGCGCUCAGUUUGGGGCUACGAUGUGAGACAGAUGUCCGUAGAGGCACUGGAGGGUAUCCUGACUAAAAGGCUGGCCAUGCCCAUCAGUCUGUUUCAUGACCACUGUCAGUAGCAAGUUUACAUGUUCACACUUAAAUCACAAAUUACCUUACUGAGGUCUAGAACCGAACCUGAACACCCCCCGCCUUUACUCUCUCUGUAUACUAAACAUGUUGUCAACACCAUGGUUUAACAAAUAAAACUAUAAUGUGGCUUUAACAUUUCUAUUGAUUUGAAGAAAAAUGUAUAUAUUGCUAAGUAUAAAAAAUAAUCUUGAGGUUUGUACAAAUAUCUUUCAAUUAAAGGAUAUUUUUAUUUAGCCUCUAUGAUAGAAAUACCACCCAUAUUUUCUGUCAAUUAAAAACAAUGUCUCAUCAAAGUAUUUUUGUCUGAAAUAAAGUCUGCCAGUCA